CUUCAGAAUGGCGAGCACCGCGCUGAGCAUGAAGCUCCUCAUCGGCACCAAGGCCCAGCGCGUGCUGUUCGCGGAGGCGAGCAAGGACGUGGUGGACUUCCUCUUCUCCCUACUCUCGCUGCCCGUCGGCACCGCCGUCAAGCUGCUGGGGAAGGAAGCCAUGGUCGGCUGCGUCGGCAACCUCUACGGCAGCGUCGAGAAGCUUGACAGCACCUACGUCCAGCCCGACGCGGCCAAGGACGCCCUCCUCCACCCCGCCGUGCUCUCGCCCGCGGCUGGCACCAAGAUGUUCCGCUUGACGCAGCCGUCUUCUGGGCAGUCCAAGGGAUUCUUCAAAUGCAGCUACAGCGGCUGCACCAGCUACGUGACCGACACCAGCGGCACCAUGUGCCAGUGCGGUCGCGGUUGCUCGAUGACCACGGCCAUGCACUUCAUCCCAGGCAAUGGCAAGGUGGCCGCCAGCGUCGGCACCAAGGGGUUCGUGCAGGGCAUCGUGACGUACACGGUGAUGGACGAUCUCGCCGUGACGCCCAUGUCCUCCAUCUCCAGCAUCACCCUGCUCAACACAUUCGCCGUCAAGGAUCUCAGCGCGCUCCAGGAGAAGACCGUGCAGCUCGGCUACGACGAGGGCCUGGAGAUCCUCAAGGCGUCGCUGCAGUCCAAGACCGUCCUCACCGACGUCUUCCUCAAGGCCCCCAGCAGCGCUUGAAGGCACAUCAGUCAUCAGAUCGGCAUGGAUGGAAAAGUGGCUCGAUGCCACGAUUCACGUAGGGUUAAGUUGGUUGGUUGGUCCUUUUGUAUGGACAUGUGCAAGGGCUAGUAGCUCCAUCCAUGUAGCUAAAUUAGCUUGGUGUUUUGUGUGAGCAUCAGAACUAUCUUACCGUGGCAUCUUUUGGUAAUGCCUAGC